UCGGUCAGGUUACACAGGAAUCAAGACAAACAGGAAACCUGACCCGUAAACUAACAGCCUCCUCCUCCCAGCUUCUCCUCCCACACCUGCCCUGCAAAAACACACAACUAGAAGCAUUCACAGUCGAAUACAAAGUUGCUGUGAAAAUAAUGUUUUGGACAACAAAAUCUUUACUAUUUUGCUUUUUGGAAGAAUUGUGAACUCUGGUUUUGGAUUGUUUUUUGACAACAUGCAGACACACAUUGUUGCAGUUUGUUUGGCAAUCAUCGGCUUUCUCGGAACCAUACUUAUCUGCGCACUGCCUAUGUGGAAGGUGACACCCUUCGUUGGGGCCAACAUCAUCACCGCUCAGAUCUAUUGGGAAGGUUUGUGGAUGAACUGCGUACUACAGAGCACUGGCCAAAUGCAGUGCAAAGCCUAUGAUUCCAUUCUUGCUUUGCCACAGUACCUGCAGGGCUGUAGGGCUCUGGUCUGCGUCUCUAUUGGGGUCAGCGUUUUGGCCAUUGGCCUCACUGCGGUUGGGGGCCGCUGGACAAACUUCUUUGACUAUGACAGGCGGACCAAAACUAACAUUGGUGUGGCUGGAGGAGCAGUGUUCAUAGUGGCGGGGAUCCUGUGCAUCAUUCCAGUCAGCUGGUCAGCCUCCAUCAUCAUCACAGGAUUUUACAGCCCAACAGCAAUUGAUGCCAUGAGGGGAGAGCUGGGAGCUUCAAUAUAUGUGGGGUGGGCGUCAGGGGCUCUGCUUGUAAUUGGAGGAGGGAUACUGUGUGGCACCUACAGAUGCUGAGAAUGAAGACAGCGCCCCCUUUCUACACCAUGCUGUAUGAACUGUUUCUGUGAUUAACUGUGACCCAUGAUUGUAGCUUUACAGUUAUCAUUUAUUUCAAUCAUAGUUUACACUAUGUGUUUUUAUUUUUAUUUUUAUUUGUGGACACUGUGUAAAAAUAUUAAUAUGACACAGAAAAUGAAGGAUAAAGAUUGAAAAGUAAAAAGUAAAGUCAUUUGAGCUAUUACUGUACCUUGAAAACAGUUGUUUUUCUUUGUUGAACAUGUUAGCAUCAAGGCACUAUGUCCAAGUUACAACAUUUUUGAAGCUGUGUAAAUACUUCUUUUGUUUUUAAACCUUUUCGUUUCUUGUUGUGGGGAUACAGUUGUCUUUGUCAAAGAUUUCUGCCAUUGAUGUUAAAUAGUUGCUGAUAAAAAUUCUGGAUUAAUACUGCACUAAAAUAAAAGAAACAGGCAAAUCCUUGCCUGAAAUGAU